AUGUGCCGUUUCUCUUCAUGGCUCUCUACAAUUUUCUGUAUAGUUUGCCUCCUCACUCUCUCAUCCUUCACAUCCUUCGCUUUCCUCGUCUCUUUCAUUCUUGGCCUUCCUCGUCGCUCUCUCAUAUUCUUGGCCUUCCUCGUCGCUCUCUCGUAUUCUUGGCCUUCCUCGUCGCUCUCUCGUAUUCUUGGCCUUCCUCGUCGCUCUCUUAUUCUUCUUCGUCGACGUUGUCUCUGCCUCACCUUUAUUUUGAAUCUCCAUGUUUUCUUUUCACUCUUGCCCGUCCUUUUCUUCUUUCUGUCUCUCGCCCGUCCUUUUCUUCUUUCUGUCUCUCGCCCGUCCUUUUCUUCUUUCUGUCCUUUCCUUUUUUUCUUUCUGUCUCUUGCCCGUCCUUUUCUUCUUUCUGUCUCUCGCCCGUCCUUUUCUUCUUUCUGUCUCUCGCCCGUCCUUUUCUUCUUUCUGUCUCUCGCCCGUCCUUUUCUUCUUUCUGUCUCUCGCCCGUCCUUUUCUUCUUUCUGUCUCUCGCCCGUCCUUUUCUUCUUUCUGUCUCUCGCCCGUCCUUUUCUUCUUUCUGACUCUCGCCCGUCCUUUUCUUCUUUCUAUACCCUGUUUUUUUUCCCAUCUCUUUUCUUUUUUUUUUUGUUUUUUUUUUUUUUAUUCUUCUCUUUUCUUGUUUUUUUUUUAUUCUUCUCUUUUCUUGUUUUCUUUACUUGUUUUGUUGUUUUUUUUUUACACUUGUUUUUUUUUACACUUGUUUUUUUUUACACUUGUUUUUUUUACACUUUUCUUUUCUUUCUUUUUUUUUUUUUUUUUAUUCUUCUCUUUUCUUUUUUUUUUUUUUUAUUCACUUCCCUUGUUUUUUUUACUUUUUUGUUGUUUUUUUAA